CUUCUUCUUCUUUCUUUCUUUCUUUCUUUCUUCCUUCUUCUUGUUGGAGAUUUUUGUUUUCUUUAACGCCAUGAUAAAGAUACUUAACCCUCAUCAGUCACACCAUUCUCACUCAACAACCACAACUCUUAAAACAGCUGAGAUAUUGUCCAAAUAUAGACCCAUUGCUCCUAAACCUGGAACGACGUCCUCCCAAGUUAACGAUAAUGACACUUCUUCCUCUAUGUCUCAUAAGAUCAGCCAAUCUCCUUACCUCCGUAACCUCUGGCCUCAGCUUCAAGCCAGGCCUACAAGAACCCGCAAGCGAGGCCGUGGUGGUAUGGGCCCAACUUCUCCUCUCGCCUUGAAGAGACCCAAGUCGUCAUCUCCUUCUGCCACAAUAUCCUCCACCACUACUACUACUACACCACGUGUCUUUGGCCCUAUUAAAACUCUGUCGUUUCAGGCGUUCCCUCAUGGGUUACCUAGCCUCGCACAAGUUGGCUACACCUUGGAGAAUAAUGGUGGCGGCUCUUCUGCUUUGGUGACUCUGCCUCUUCUUCAAUGCUCUCCUCCUCCUCCUUCCAAAUGCAUGGAGCCAGAGGUCAAAGGAAAAGUUGUCAUUGAUCUGAACAAGACUGCAGAAGUGAUACAAGAGAGAGAUUUCUUGAAGCAACUACAAGGACCCACAGUUACAACCACGGCCACAGACACAAACACAAGCAGAGUCAUUGCACCGCAAGCCAUAAGGCCGGUUUGCUCAAGGAUCAACGUAGCAUGCAUAAACCCACUAACCAACCCAUCUCCACCAUAUCAAAUCAGCAAGAAAUUACCACAAGAGGUCGAAGAGGAAGUCGAAUCCGACGACUUGCCCACUAUCAUAUCCGAUUCCAAGAACAGGGUCAGGCUCGUGAACUCGGCGUACAAAGAAAUGAUGGGGCAGCCUGAGUGCUCGUGGCUAGAUUCAAUGGUGAGAGGGAAGAGGAUCUGUGGGGAAGUGAUGAUCCAUCUCUGUGAAACCAAAAUCCCGGAGAACAAUGGGUUUUCUUGCUGGGUGAGGAUAGAGUGGGGAAGAGACGGUAAGGAGGAGUUUGUGCACGCGUUCUGCGAUGUGAUGAAACUUGCUUGCGAUUCCAAAGAUUAUGUCUUUACGUGGAGGUUUCACACAAGGACCAGAGAAACUUGUCAGUCAAGCUGCAAUGCUUAAUUAGGUUUAGGAGUAUGUGUUGUUCUUUUUUUAGUGCUUUAGCGUAAUGAUCAUAUAGUAUAUCAUAUAGCGAAUGUGUAAAUCUCGGUUAGUGAUAAUUCUCUGUUGUUUAAAUACACUAUGAAGAACAACAAGUUGC